UGUUCACUGAGACCGACGACGAUGGCGCAGAUGCAAUGUCUGACCGACAGAAUCGACUCAUUCAACCCUGGCGGCGACGCCCACACCAAGAAACGCUCGAAACAGUCCUCAAAGUCAUUCAAAUGGCCGCACCAGGAGUCAUACACCGUAACACCGCAGACACUCGCUGAGGCAGGCUUCUUCUUCAAUCCUACCCGAGCAAACCCAGAUAAUGUCAAGUGCUUUAUGUGCAAGAAAGAACUCGAUGGAUGGAGUGAAGACGACGACCCGUUUGAGAUCCACUGGCAGAAAUGCCGGAAUUCGUGUCCUUGGGCAGCCGCGAGAUGUGGAUUGUUUCAUGACAUGUGUGAAGAUGGCAGCUACAAUUUUACAGAACUCGAACGCAUUCCGACAAGCAGCACCAUGGAGCAGGCGCGUCUCGGCACAUUCACCUUCAAGAAUCAGUGGCCCCAUGAUUCUGUCGAACGACAUGGCGCCAACUCUGAAAUGAUGGCGAAGGCCGGAUUUAUCUACACACCACACAAGAAGGAUGACGACACAGCUACCUGUAUGUACUGCAGUCUGGCCCUGAGUAGCUGGGGCGAUGAUGAUGAUCCAUUAGAAGAGCAUGUGAAACGUGAGGACAGAGCACAGCACAACCGCUGCGCGUUUCUACAAGCGUGGUUCGCGAAGGAAGGCAAGACGUUCUCGGUAUCGAAACCGGCAUCGCGAGCGUUGCGAGUGGACUCGGACGACGAACUAGCCGUGUCAUCUACGUCAGCGCGGCAGAGUAGCACUAGAAUGACGAGGAGCAGGGCAUCGUCCGCAACUGUCAAAACCCCUGGCUCCAGGCGUGCUGCCCGCGGCACGAGUGCGAGCGGGAGGGCCACAGCUGUCGAGUCAGACACAGAGGAUACCGAUGCAGGCGGUGCGAGUGAUGCUGGUAAACGCGUGUCGAGGACGAAGCGGACAGCUGCCAAGAAGCGUAUCCAAGUCAUUGAGGAGGAGGACGAAGAGGAGGUGGACGUGAGUGCGCAGAAGCAGACGCAAACGCAGACAGCCAGAGUGGAGGAUAAAGAGGUGGUGGAAGAGGUCGCACCGCUUCCCAAGGAAAGACGGAAGAGAGGCCGCCCGCCGAAAGCAAAGAAACCUGCGCCAGUCAAGAAGGAGGUCGCACGUGAAGAUUCAGAUACUGAUAAUAUUUCAAUCAAGACGCAGGCACGCGCUAUAGAUGACGAUGACAAUGAAAAUAGGGCCUCUUCCCACUCCAAAUCGAAACCAGCGUCCAGGCCGCUGAAAGACUUACCUAACAAGUAUGACAACGCAUCUCUCGACGAACGACUACCGGAAAAGGCUGCCGCAUAUAGCGUGAAGGCAAGUAAGCCUGCCGAGAACUCUCAGUCUGAGGAUGCGGAAUUUGUCGCUGCACCAAAGCCGAGGCCGACUAAGGUCUCGCGGGCCAAAUCGAAGAGAGGUGUGAAGGCGGACUCUGAGAACGAGGACGAGUAUACAUCGGCUGUGACGAAGACGAGGAUGUCCGAGCGACGUGCGGACGCGAGCGAGACGACUACAAAGCGACCGCCUGCCGCCUCCGCUGCGUCUCCGGCUCCUCCUAUCGCUCUUAUUCCUUUCAGAGCUCCAUCAGAGAGUAGCUCCCAACGCCCAUCUGGUGAUACACGACGUGCUGUUGAACAUGAGGCACAUACGAAGGUCGAUAUUGCGCUUCCUACAAUGCCAUCAUCCGAGCGCCGCGGCACAGAGGUGCUGCAGCGGGUGGUCCCCAGACCAUCUCGGGUGACCUCCAGCCAGCAUCCGCUAGAGACACGAGAUGUCGACGAAGACAUCAUCAUGGUCGACGCCGUACCGGAGCCUGUUCGAGGCGGCCAAAAGGCGAAUAACACUUCGUCCGAGACUAGUUCCACGAUCCCUGCAGGCAGCAGAAGGAGGAAACCUGCGCCUUCGCGCUCGAGCAGCAUGACGAGAAGCACAGGGCGCAGGGCGAGGGAGAAGAUGCGGAUUGUGGAGGUUCUCUCGGAUGCGGAGGACGUUGACUUUGUGGCCACUACAUCGCAGGCCAGCACGGCUCCAUCAUCGCAAGUUGGCAAAGCUCCCGCAUCCCAACCCACCGUCGCUCGUACACCUCCUCAGCACGAGUGGCCCGCUGCGGAUGGUCAUGUUACUCCGCACCCUGUUACGUUACAAGUUGAGCCGACGAAAAUGGAGGUACACGUCGUGAUUCCUGCUCGUCAUAGGUCGAGUUCUUCCAGCACAUCUGCUCCAGCCAAAAAAGUCAAGAAAUCGUUGUCGAAGGAGCAUGUUGAGCCGGAAAAAAUGCACUUGGAAGUUGUGGUCCCUGCGCGUGCUGAGAACAAUGCCUUCGGUUCCUCUGGGACAGACAGGAAAGCCAGCGCGUCAUCGCCUACAGAUGAUCCGCCCGUUGCGCUACAAAAGAUAAAGAUGGAGGUCAUGGUCCCUUCUCAUGAUCGAAAAGGCGGUGCUGGAUAUUUUCAAGCCACUAGUGGGUCCAGCGAGCCUUCGUUCGCAGAUCAUGAGGUGGAUAACCCGCAUUCACCUCCGGUCGUACUUGCUAAGGAAGAAGUCCCACCUGCUUUCGUACCUUCACCUCCCCGCACUCCGGUUGCUGCUUCGCGUCACCUCUCACCGCCCGACACGCGUCUGCUGACUAUAGAGCCCGCCUUCGCUCCAACGUCUCUUAUGGCCGAGCAGCCAGAUGCGCCCUUCGUGCCCGUGAUGGCAAUGUUCCCGAUUGAGAAGAUCACGUCGCUGACGGAAGAGGAGAGCGCGAUGACCGUGGAGCAGUUCAUUCGGAGGGAGAUGGAGCGGCAGUACCGAUGGCUCAAGGAAGAUACGGAGAGGCAACUUGCUCGGAUCAGGGAGAAGGCGGCAGAGACGAGGAGGGCUAUAGAAGCGUUGUAACCAUUCAGUACGUACAGUUGUAUCUCAUGUUCGACGGUCUCAAAGCUCUUGCAUUGCUUUUUCUAUGAAUCGAAGUGCACUCGUGAUACAAUUUGAUGUUUGACACAAUGUCGUACUACGAUUAUGAGGCCGCUAUACACAGUGUAUAUUUAUGAUGCGAUCUGUACUGGUCGUAAGACAGGCUCCACAAACAGGUGGCGCUGGUUUUUCUUCGACACAAGAGGCACGAGACUAAUAGGAUCCUCUAAGUCCUC